CGCCAGUUGGCGUCGGCACUCGCGUCACCUCGGUCGCUACCAUCCAUGUAUUUUCCGUCUCCACGACGACCUACACAGGGUCAGCUGUCGAUCGCGGUUAUCUCUAUAUUUUUCCAGAACUACGGUCGAUUUCAACCAAGUUUAGUUGUUAAUUCCGUGCAAUGACAUUUAUGUGUAAUAGAGCUAUUUAUAAAGUGCAGUGAAGGACACCUAGUUCAAAUAUUUUGACUAGAUUAGUACAGUUUUAAUAUUUUAGAACAACACGACAGUCAUCGUGGAAAACGGCGAAGAAAUAGUUAAAGUUAGUAAAAUGCAAGUACCCAAUGGAAUUAGUCAUGAAAAAUACAUGAAUGGACCGGACCAAGUAAUACCGGUGGAAAAUUACACGUCGUGUGUACCCGGUGGCCAUGUGAAGUUAAGAGUAGCGGCGCGAGGUGUAGCCUCGGAGCCCCCCAUCUCAGUGCCUGGCCUGCUCAACAGGACUGUCGCCAGAUACCCCGACGCCACAGCGCUAGCCACAAAAAAAGCUGACGGAAAAUGGCACAAAAUAACCUACAAACAGUACCAAGAGCGCGUGCGCACAGUCGCGAAAGGUUUCCUGAAACUGGGUCUAGAGAGAUACCACUCGGUAUGCAUUCUCGGUUUCAACUCGGAGCAAUGGUUUGUCGCCGACCUGGCAGCUAUACAUGCAGGUGGUUACGCGGCUGGUAUCUACACGACGAAUUCGGCAGACGCUUGUUACCACUGCCUCACAUCGUCUCGCGCCAACAUCUGCGCCGUGCAGGACAAGAAGCAGCUAGACAAAAUCCUAUCCAUCCGCCACAAGUUGCCACAUCUGAAGGCGCUCGUGCAAUGGGAAGGGAAUGUCGACACCUCCGUCCCUGGAGUAUACAGUUGGGAUCAGUUAUUGGAAAUGGGUCAAAAAGAGCCCGACACGCAACUGAACAACAUCCUGAAGAGUAUAUCCGUCAACGAGUGCUGCACCUUGGUCUACACUUCCGGUACAGUGGGUCCUCCGAAGGCGGUGAUGCUGUCACAUGACAGCCUGACGUGGGACGCCUUCUCAAUCAGCGAGCGAGUCAGCGACCUGAAGCCCGCGCAGGACCGCAUCAUCUCCUUCUUACCACUCAGCCACGUGGCUGCUCAGGUGGUGGACAUCUACACAACUCUAUCAAACGCAAUCCCAGUGUUCUUCGCGCAACCGGAUGCACUUAAAGGCAGCAUCGUAGAGACGCUGAAGGAAGUCAGGCCCACCAGAUUCUUGGGCGUUCCACGUGUGUGGGAGAAAAUGUAUGAAAAGAUCAUGGCUGUAGGCGCGUCCAGCGGCGCUAUCAAGAAAAGAAUCGCUUUAUGCGCUAAAGACAAAGGUCUCAAGUACCAUCAAGCCAGGAUUAAUGGUGCGCUAUCGAGCGGUAUGUACAGUCUGCCAAUUGACUUCACGAUCGAUGAAAUGAUACAAUUUUGGGUGGAUGGUUCAGCUUUCGGCUACAACAUGGCAAAAAGGCUGGUGUUCAAAAAGGUCCACGACUCUCUGGGACUAGACCAGUGCACGACCUUCGUGACGGCCGCGGCUCCGCUCUCUCCUGACAUCAAGAAAUUCUUCCUUUCUCUCGACAUACCCAUUGUCGAUGCAUUCGGCAUGAGUGAGGCUUCUGGUGCCCAUACACUCAGCAUAUACCCCAAAUUUUCGUUGGACUCCGCCGGGGCUUUACUUGACGGCACGGAGACCAUGUUCGGUGGUUCGACCAGCCCUAACGGUCCCGGAGAGAUCAUGAUGCGCGGGCGCCACGUAUUCAUGGGAUAUCUGAACGACGAGGCUAAGACUAACGAGGCUAUCGACGAUGAAGGAUGGUUGCACUCUGGAGACAUCGGCAGGGUGGAUAGCAACAACCUCUUGUACAUUACUGGAAGAAUAAAGGAACUUUUGAUCACGGCAGGCGGUGAGAAUGUAGCCCCAGUACUGAUCGAACAGACGGUGCAGGCUGAGCUACUGCACGUUGGCUACGCGGUGCUUAUCGGUGACCGACGCAAAUUCCUCUCUAUACUGCUUACGCUUAAGUCUAAAGUCAAUUCGGAAACUGGAGAUCCACUGGACGACCUUGAAAGUGAGACGUGUAAAUGGGUGGCCAGCCUCGGCAGCACUGCUACCAAAGUCAGCCAAAUCGUGAGCACGAAGGACCCCUUGAUUUACAAAGCUAUUGAAGAGGGCCUAGCUCGCGCCAACAAGCACGCCAUAUCGAACGCACAGAAGAUCCAGAAAUUCGCAAUCCUGCCCUCAGACUUCUCAGUCAACUCCGGAGAAUUAGGACCCACAUUGAAAAUCAAGAGAAACGUAGUCUACGAGAAGUACAAAGACAUCAUAGAAGACUUUUAUAAAGAUUAAAACUUAAGCUUAGAGAUUAGGGCGUGGGACAACGAAAAUAAUUGUUAACUUAAUUUGUUAUUGCUCAACUAGGGACUAGCGCGGAAUCAAUGUGAUUGAUAGUACUUUACGGAAAGGUGUAUAUAGGUUAUAUUUUUGUUACAAAAAAUAUAUUUUAUAAAAUCAAA